CUAUCAGUUUUUUUUUUUUUUUUUCUCUCUCUUUAAAUACCAUCUUUACUGAAAAAGAAAACAGAAAUUUUAAAGCAAAAGAGAAAGAGAAAGAUGGAUGGAUGGAUGAUGUGUGCUUUUUAUUCUUUUGGGUUUCUCAAAAUUCGUUUCAGUUUUUUACUUUUUUAAAUUUAAUGGCAGAAGGAAGAAGAAUCUAGGGUUGGGUUGCUUCCCAAAUCCUCUGUUUUUUCCGAUCCUCAUUAUUUCCCUCUUCUUCUUCUUCUUCUUUUUCGUCCAUUUUUAUGCUUAAUUUCAGCUAGGGUCUUUCAGAUUUAGCCAUUUUUCUCAUCUGGGUCUUCUCUCUUUUCGGGAAGGUCGUCAUGGAAGAGGUUGAAGAAGCUAAUAGGGAAGCUGUUGAGAGUUGUCAUAAAGUGUUGAAUCUCUUGACUCUGCCUUCCUCAUCUCAAGAUCACUUGAAGCUUAGGAGUUGUUUAAUGGCGGAAACUGGAGAGGCUGUGUUUAAGUUUAGGAAAGUUCUGUGUCUUCUUGAUUCUUCUGGGUUGGGUCAUGCAAGGGUCAGGAAAAAGAAGAAGGUCAACAACUUUUUGUUUAAUUCCUCCUCCUCCUCCUCCUCUUCUUCUUCCCCUUUUCCUCUUCCCCAAUCUUUGUUCUUAGAAACUUAUUCCCCUGAUUGCAGAAUGGACCACCUCCAGGGCAGGAAUUUGCAGAUGGGUCCUCUUUGUUUGGGGAACCCAUCUUUGGAAUUGAACACAAAUGCCAAAACUUGUUCAAUCCAACAAAUACAAUCUCAAUCUGCUGCUCUUUAUCAUCAUCAUCAUCAUCACUUGCUUCAGAACAGGGUGGUCUUGAAUAAUAAUCCUAAUCCUCCGCAGCCUGAAGUAGUGUAUCUUAGGAGCAGUAAUGGUGUUAACUUGAAUUUUGAUAGCUCUAGCUGCACACAACACACAAUGUCAUCCACUAGGUCGUUUAUUUCUUCAUUGAGCAUUGAUGGGAGUGUGGCUAACUUGGAUGGGAGUGCCUUCCAUUUGAUUGGGGCGCCCCGGUCUUCCGAUCAAAAUUCGUAUCAUAAGAGGAAAUGCAAUGGGAGAGGGGAAGAUGGGAGUGUUAAAUGUGGAAGCAAUGGGAGAUGUCACUGCUCAAAGAAGAGGAAACAUAGAGUGAAACGGUCGAUCAAGGUGCCCGCGAUUAGUAACAAGCUUGCAGAUAUCCCUCCCGAUGAUUAUUCCUGGAGGAAAUAUGGCCAAAAGCCAAUCAAGGGUUCUCCACACCCAAGAGGAUACUACAAGUGCAGCAGCAUGAGAGGUUGUCCAGCAAGAAAGCACGUUGAGCGUUGUCUCGAAGAACCUUCAAUGCUCAUUGUUACAUAUGAAGGUGAACACAACCAUCCUAGAAUACCUUCUCAACCUGCAAAUACUUGAACCCCAUGAAGACAACUACCCGGAAGGGAUUCAAGAACGUCGAGUGUCUUGAGUGUUGCUGUACAUAUUGGAAUACUUUUGGAGCAGCUUUGUAGCUUUUUUGAGAGGUGGGUUUCCUUGCAAAAGCCUCUUUCAAUCCAUUUAGCAAGAAGUCAGAAAUUUAGGAGAACCUGAUGGAUGGGGUUAGACUGAAGAGAGUUGUGUGGAUUGGGGUGUGAAUGUAAAAUCUUGAAAACUUUUCAUCCUUCUCUGCAAUUUUAGUGCUUCAAACAGCUUUGUUAUUCUAAAUUAAUGGAGAAGUCCCAAUUUGGAAAUUCAGGUUUUUGUAUUAUGAUGGCA